AGGUGACACGAUACACACCUGAGCAACAUCGCAGCACAGUUAUGUCUGGCUGGUUGAAGGACGGGGUGGUGCUGGAGGGGACAGGCAGUGGUCAGAUGUCGCCCCGCUCCAGACUACGGAGCCCCUUGCCGAGUCGGACGGCGAGGUUACACUCGUCAAACGAUGCGACCUCUCCUGACUCAGACAGACAGGACAGAAUGAGCAAAGCUAAAGAGCUCUUUGAGCUGUGUGAUAAAGAGGGGAAAGGAUUCAUCACGAAGAGAGACAUGCAGUGGCUUCAGCAAGAGCUUCCUCUGUCUCCUGAGCAGUUGGAAUCAGUGUUUGAGAGUUUAGACCGAGACAGAAAUGGUUACCUCACACCCCUUGAGUUCCACACGGGCCUAGGAGAGCUUGUUGGUUCUGGGCCGGAGGAGAGAGCGAGGAGCAGAGAGGGAGAGAUGGUUGGAGAAGAGAGAGAAGAGCCGAUGGAGAUCCGAUUCACACACAUCCUCAUGGAGCUGGGAGCUGAUAAACUCUUCAAAGAUCAGUGGGAGCUGUGUACUCUGUGGUGUGAGCUCCACAGGGACAAACCUGAGCUGCUGGGUGUUUUGGAAGAGGUUCUUUCCUACACUGUGUCUCAUCUUCAGGAUGCACUCAAAGAGAGAGACAAUUUAGAACAGGCACUGCGCAGGAGAGAGGAAGAUCAUGACAGAGUGGUUCGGUCCAUGUAUGAAGACAUGGAGAGUCAGUUAAAAGAAGAGAAAGAGAAACGACAAGCUCUGGACAGCAUGAGGCAAGGAGACAAGAAAGAGCAGCUACUGCAAGAACUGAGGAUGCGAGAACAAGAACUUGAGUUCACGCUCACCAAACAGAGAGAGUUGGAGAGCAGGAUCAACAGUCUAAGUACUGAUCAGGGUGAUGCUCGUGGGGAGAACCGCCGUCUGCAGAACAUCAACCAGCGGCUGCAGGACCAACUGGACCAAAGCCGAGAGGAGCUCCAGCACGCUCUGAGCCAACUACAACAACUACAGAACACCAUCAAACAACAGCAGAGGGGCAAAGAGAGAGAAGUCCUGAAAGUGUCCCGAAACAUGCAGAAGGAACGGGAAAGCCUCAUGAGACAGCUGGAUCUUCUCCGAGACAUGAACAAGCGUCUUCGGGAUGAUAAAGAUGCCCAUCUGACACAGAAGAUGACAGCUCAGAUGAAGAACCCUUUGCAGAGGAAGGAAUCCAUACUGGGGAACUAUUUUCCACCAAGGAAAUCAGCAAAAAGGCAGUUGAUGGAAAACCCAAAUGACGAGCCUGAGGAUUCAGACAGCUCGCUAACAGAUUCAAGUCCGAAAAGACUCUCUAUAGCUGAAGAGAGAGAAGACAAAACUACCUGCCAGUCAGAGAAAACCAUGAGCGCAUUGCAUGACCCGCAGCGUGUGUUUAAGGUGGUGUUUCUGGGGAACUCCGCUGUGGGAAAGAGCUCGUUCAUCCAUCACUACUGCAGCGGCCACUUCCCCAAUAACUUGGCCUCAACUGUGGGAAUGGAUUUUCAGGUCAGGAGCGUGAUGCUUGAUUCAACACCAGUCGCUCUGCAGCUGUGGGACACCGCAGGGCAGGAGAGGUUACUUGCCUCACAGGAGGACAAGCAGUGUGAGUCUGUGCUCCGUCUGGACAUCCCUGCCAACAGAGGGCGCUGCUGCAAAUAA